GAAAGAAGAAGACUAGUCAAAACAAGUGCGCUGUUCGUCAUCCCCCGUCUCCGUACGCUCCGCAUCCCGACCUCACCGGCGGCGGGAACACGAUGGUGGCGUUGCUGGGCCGGCGGAUCGGGGUGGCGGCGGUGGCCGCCGCGUUCAUCGCCCUCGCGGCGUUCGGAUCCGCCUCGCCCUCCCCCAAGUCCUUCGUGAAAUCCACCGUCGCCGCCCACGACGUCGUCAUCUUCUCCAAGUCAUACUGCCCGUAUUGUAGAAAAGCAAAGGCCAUAUUUAAGGAGCUUCAGUUAAAGAAAGAGCCCUAUGUUGUGGAGCUUGAUCGUCGAGAGGAUGGUUCGGAGAUCCAGGAUGCCUUAUCUGAGAUAGUUGGCCGGCGUACUGUUCCUCAAGUUUUUGUCCAUGGAAAGCAUCUGGGGGGCUCUGAUGAUACUGUUGAGGCUUACGAAAGUGGAAAGUUGGCCAAACUCUUGAAUAUCGGAGUCAAGGACGAUCUUUAAGAAACAUGUUAGCAUCACAAGUUUAUCUCUUGUUUUUGAGUUAUGAGGCGAUAUUAUGCGACUCUGAAUUUACAUUAUACAGAAUAUGUAACUGAAUAUUGCGGCAUAAUUCAUAACAUCUGAACCCUACUUUUGAUAUUCCCUCCA